AUGUCGUCACAAGCCCACAAGCGAAAGCACAAAAAUCUGACUAUUAAAGAAAAAUCUGAUAUUUUAGAUCACUUAAAUCGAAAUGAAUCUUUCAGUAGUUUGACAAAUUUUGCUGAUCGCUCUUUUCACGGUGACCAUAGCCCAAGCGCUGCGUUCGUCGGCGAGUUUGAGGUUGAUUUAUGCACUGCUGAUACCAUCUUACAUUUUUUUUCAGAUACACCAUUCAUUGACAACGGUAACGUCGAUACAGCAUGGUCGCAACCUGUGCUCCCGGUGGUGAGCUUCGACUUACCAAAGGUUCCUGAAGGUCCCAAGCUGCCAGACACACCGAAGAUCCCUGAUGCACCGAAACUUCCUGACACGCCAAAAGCACCAGAUGCAAAAACCCUACAGGAUUUAGGAAAGGACUAG